AUUCAUAAUCAUAUUUUGUUUUAUCACUCGGGUCUUCUUUUUGAGUUUUAUAACUUGAUUUUUUGGAGUUUAUAACUUGAUUGUUUGCCAGCCUUUUAGGGCUUAUAACUUGAUUUUGGCCACCCUUUUCCAGCUUAUCACUUGAUUUUAGACUCAUAUUUAUAGUCUAUACUUGAUUUUGCACUAAUAAUUUUUUAAAAAUUGUUACACACAAAGUUGACAAAAAUCUUGAGAUUACCAGUAAAAAACCUGGCCGGCAUGUACAUGUUGAGACAAAAUUUUAACCUGAAUUAAUGAGUUGGCCAUAUGUGGGUGUUCUCAAGAGAUGGGUUGUCUCAUUUGUCUGCAAUUACUAAGAACUUCAUCCGCAGGCUUUAACGUGAGAGUUGCUAUUGCAUUCUCUUCCAAACAAACACAGAAAAAGUGUGAGAUCCAGAGAACCAUCAACCAUGGCUUGUGUUGCUUUAACUUCUCUCAUGGCAACUAUUGAGUUUGAGUUUGUGCAACCCACCCAAAGGGUGUCACUUCAUGAUCAUGCACCAAUCAAAUCUUUCUUUGAGAACCUUUCUUCUUUGCAAGCAUUUCUCCAGAAGGAAUCCAGUGGUGAUGAUGGUGGUGCACUCAGAGAAGUGGAAAUCCAAAUCAGAGACUUUGCACUCGGAGCUGAAGAUGACAUCGAAAUACAGCUUAGCAACAUCCUCCUCGCUGAAGAUGGGGAGUAUCGAGAAAAAGCUUCCAAUGAACUCCAUCAAACUUUGCGAGAAGCAGCAAAAAAUGCAACAGUGCUGUUGAAGAUUCUAGUCAGGGUAAAAGAGUCGUGUGUAAGUGAGACCGAGAUGGCUAUUGCUGCUUUAACUACGCUCAUGACAACAUUUGAGUAUUACUUUUUGCACCCCCUCCCAACGGUGUCUCUUGAUGAUGAAGCAGCAGUGAUAUCUUUCUUUGAAAACUUUUCUUCUCUGCAAGCCUCUCUCCAGAAGGAAUCCGGUGGUGAUGGUGGUGCUGCAAUAAAAAAAGUGGAAAUCAAAAUCAGAAACUUUGCACUCAAAGCUGAGGAUUGCAUUGAAAUGCAAGUAAACAACUUUCUUCUAGCCAAAGACACCGAGCAUGAAGAAGAAGCUUCUCAGGAACUCCGUCAAACCAUGCAAGAUGCAGCAGAAAAUGCAGCUGAGUUGUUGAAGAUUUUCAACGAAGAAAUAGAUCAUGAAAGAGUGACAAAGAUGACUUGUGUUGCUUUAACUUCUCUCAUAGAAACCAUUAAGCUUCGGCUUCUGCCCUCAUGGUGGAUGCCAUAUGAUGGUCCUCAAAGAGCAGUCAAAUCUUUCCUUGGAAACCUUACUUCUUUGAAAGCCUUUCUCCAGAAGGAAUCCAUUGGUGAUGGUGGUGUACUCAAAGAUUUGGAAAUCCAAAUCAGAAACGUUGUACUCAAAGCUGAAGGUGACAUCCAAAAACAACUUGGCAACUUUCUUGCUCGCCGUGAACUCAACCAAACUUUGCAAGAAGCAGCAAAGAGUGCAACAGAGCUGUUGAAGAUUCUAACCAGACUAAAAGAGUCCUGUUUAAGUGAGAGAGAGAUGGCUAGUGCUGCUUUAACCAUUCUCAUGACAAAGUUUGAUUAUUACUUUUUGGAACCCAUCCCAUUGGUGUCUCUUGAUGAUGAAGCUAUUAUGCCUUUCUUUGAAGACCUUUCUUCUUUGCAUGCCUUUCUCCAGGAGGAAUCCAGUGGUGAUAGUGGUUCACUCAAAGAUUUGGAAAUCCAAAUCAGAAACUUUGCACUCAAAGCUGAAGAUGACAUCAAAAUACAACUUGGCAAAAAAUUUGCUUCAGUUGAACUCCGACAAACUUUGCGAGAAGCAUCAAAGAAUGCAACACAGCUGUUGAAGAUAACCAGACAAAAAGAGUCCUGUUUAAGUGAGAGGAAGAUGGCUAGUGCUUCUUUAAGCAUUCUCAUAACAAAGCUUGAGUAUUUCUUUUCGAAACCCACCCCAUUUGAGUCUUCUGAUGAUGAAGAUGAUGAAGAUACUUUCCUCAAUAACUUCUUCAAUAACCUUUAUCUUUAUGAAAAUUACCUUUUGCUUCCCAAUCCACCUUUAAAUGAUGAAGCAGGCCAAGAAGCAGUGAAAUCUUUCUUCAGAAAGCUUUGUUCUCUGCAAGCCAUAUUGCAGAGGAAAUCUAAUAGUAGUGCUGCAAUCAGAAAAUUUGCACGCAAAGCUGAAGUUGACAUCGAUAGACAACUAAAGAAGUUUCACACCGAGCAUGACGAAGAAGCUACCCAGGAACUCUAUCAAACCAUCCAAGUUGGAGCCAAAAUGGCAGCAGAGAUUAUCGACAAAGAGGAACAACAUGAGAGAGAGAGGGAGAUGGCAUGUGUUGCUUUAACUUCUCUCAGGGCAACAAUUGGUGAGAUUAUCAACAAAGAUUUCUUGGAAAAGUUUUCUUCUUUGCAACUCUUUCUGCGGGAGGAAUCUACUGGUGGUGUUGCUUUAAGUAGUCUCAAGGGAGCAAUUGAGAAGGGGUUUCUUGAUGAUGAAGCAGCAAGAGAAUCUUUCCUUGAAAACAUUUCAUCUUUGCAAGCUUUUUUGCAAAAGGAGUCCACUGGUGGGGCUGCAGUGGAAGAUUUGGAAACUAAAAUCAAAGACUUUGCACUCAAAGCCGGAGAUGAUAUCAAAAUAAAACUAAACAAUUUUCUUCUGACAAAAGACACAGAGUAUCAAGAAAAAGUUUCCCAGGAACUCCAUCAAACCAUGCGAGAAGCAGCGAAAAGUGCAGCACAGUUGUUGAAGCUAAGCAAUGAAGUUGAUGAGACAAAUGAAACUCAACCAUCGAAUAGUUGGUUAAAACAUGCUUCAAAGUCGAUCAGUGGAUCCUCGCAGAGCUUUUUAAAGCUUGAGAACAGAAUGGUUGGUCGUCACGAUGAUUGUAGAGUGAUAAAGGACCACCUCAUCUCUUCCCGUUCUCAACUAAAACUAAUCUCAAUUGUUGGAAUGGUGGGUAUUGGGAAGACCACCCUAGCUAAAAAAGUUUAUGGAGACCCAUCAGUUGCAUUGCAUUUCAAUGUACGAGGUUGGAUUACUAUACCUCAAGACUACACUAAGAGGCAAAUGCUAUGUGACCUGCUUCAGUUCAUUCUGCCAGCGGAGCUAAAUGUAAUUAAAAAGGGAAGCACUACAGAUGAACUAGAAGCAGAGGUACGCUUAUGCUUACUUGGUAAGAGGUAUCUAAUUGUUUUGGAUAACAUUUUGAGCACUCAAGCUUGGUUUGACAUCAUACAGUGUCUUCCUACUGACAAAGGUGGAAGUUGUAUAUUACUAACCACUAGCCACCUCGAACUAGAUUACUACAGUAGCGACUAUGUCCAUAACAUGACUUUGCUUGAUCCAAAAGAAAGUUGGGAUCUGUUUUGUGAUAUCCUUCCUAUUAAAGAGCACAUGGCACCUAAGUUUGAAAAAAUUAGGAACCAUGUUGUGGAGAAAUGUGAUGGAUUACCACAAUUAAUUGUUGAAGUUGCCAAGCGUUUAUCUGAAUGCGAUAACAUACAACAGGGAUGGAAGAAGAUUGAAAAGGAAUUAGAGUCAUUGGGAAUUCUAGAUCGCAACUCAAUCACUGUCAGUUAUAAUCCAUUGCCACAUCAUUUGAAAGUUUGCUUUCUAUAUUUUGGAGUCUUUCCAAAACGUAAAAGAAUUCUGGUUAAAAUGCUUACAAGGUUAUGGAUUGCUGAGGGAUUUGUGAAGCCAUUGAAUCAUAAUGAGUUAGAAGAUGAAGCUUAUAUGUAUUUACAAGAGCUAAUUGAUAGAAGCCUUCUCUUAAUUGAAGAUCAAAGUUUUGAAGGCAAAAUCAAGAUUUGUAGAAUGCACAGUGCCUUGCAUAGCUUUUGUGUAGGAGAAGCUCAAAAAGAAGGUAUUUUGUGUACAGUAAAUACUAAGCAACAUCCGAGAUUGCCAUUAAAAGAUUUUGCAAAUUCUUGUCGUUGGCUAAGUUUUUGCCCGCACAGUUUUGACUAUUAUGUGCACUUUAGUACAAACAUCCCUCGUUCUAUUUUCUUUUUUCUUGAAAAUCCUGAAAUGUUUGUUCCUCUCAAGGUGUUAAGAGUUUUGGCUUUUGAUACUUCUAUAUUCCUUCAAAGAGUGCCACUGAAGUUAGGGAAUUUAGUUUUUCUGAGAUAUCUAUCUGUAACACAAUGGUUUGAGGAUCUAGAUGAUGUAGUAUCAAAGAAUCUGAAUUUACAAACACUUGUUGUUUCUAGUAAUGGAGCACCUAGUGUCCAUUUACCAUCCAGUAUUUGGAAGCCACCACACUUAAGGCAUCACGAACUUGGCAAUUUGUAUAUAGUGGAUCCUCCAAGCAUGGUUAAAGAGAAUUUGCAAUCAUUAUCUUGUGUGGUGAGACCAAUUCAUUGCAGAAAGGAGGUGUAUGACAAAUUCCCUAACAUAAAAAAGCUGAAAAUUUUCCUGAAAGAUGAUACAGAAGCCAGUGCCACUCAUGGAUCUUGCAGCAAUCCCAUUAUUUUGGAUCACCUUGCCUAUUUGGAAGGGCUUGAGAAGCUAAGCAUUUCAAUUUCUACUGGCUGCAUUGCAGCCUUUCCAGAAUGGGCUAUGUAUCCUUCACGAUUGAAGAAGUUGAAGUUGAGUGGUACUAAUAUUUCUGAGAGGGAUUUAACCGUAAUUGCCAUGUUACGUGAGCUUAGGGUUCUCAAGUUGGAAAAUGCCUUCCAUGGAACAGUAUGGAAUUCUGUAGUUAAAGGAGGAUUCUAUAGCUUAAACUUCUUGCUCCUGGAAGCUAAAAAACUCAAGCAGUGGGUAGCUAGCAGUGAUCAGUUUCCGGUGCUCAAGCACUUGGUCUUAAAAUCCUGUUAUUGUUUGGAACGGAUCCCAGAGCGGUUUGCAAGAACUUCCACCCCAGUGUCAAUUGAGUUGGAGGGGUGUCACUCUUCCCUUGUUGCUUCUGCCAAGCGGUUACAACGGAAGAAAAGUUCCAAAAAUCUUAAGAUCAAAAUCCUGGACCCUAAAUGUGAUGAGUCACAGAAUAAACAUACAAAAGUGUCUAUAGAGUAUCCAGAAGUUGGUAGUAGAUGGUACUGAAACAUGGGCUCAAGAUUGAGCUUUCUGUCAAAAAGACAGUGGAUCACCGAACAUUGUGAAAGAGAUAGAUCUAAUGUUGAUGUUGUCUUUUUGAAGAAAUCAUGUUGGGGACUAGGGCAAGCUGCCAAGCAGGCAUUCUGUAAGGCAUUAAAUCAAAGAGAUGGUUUUCAAAUCCUGUAGUCAGUCUUCAGGUGAUGGUGAUAUCCCAUGUCUCGAGAUGUUAUUGUUUGAAAAGUUCCCUUGGUAUUUAACAGAACAUUUGAACCUGAGGUCAAUUAAGUUGGAUUGGUGUGGCCCUUCCCUUGUUGCUUUUGCUAAGCAGAUUCGAGACUGCCAAGUUGAAAUGGGAAACUGCAUUUUUGAAGUUAGAAGCUACAACAUAUGAUCCAUUCUCAAUUAUUUCUUUUCCAUUCCAUAUGGAUGCUACUAUUUCUUGAGAUAAUUGAAGGUUGCAAAUGAAUUGGUUCCUCAUGACUUCAUCAACAAUACUGAUCUUCAAUUCAAUUCUUGUUUGGUGCUUUUCUCCCCUUGUUAGUUGUUACACUGUAAAUUCCAAGUGCUAUCAUUGAUCAAUUGCCUUGUUUCAAAGAAUGCAGAGGAUAUUCUUUGACAGACAAAUAGCUUCUUAUUUGCAGGCCAUUAAAGAUAAACUUCCUCAGUCAGACAUCACAGACAGAUACAGUAUUCCUAGAUCUACAAGUCUUGUCAAUGUAAUAUUGUGAAUAUAACUCUCUGACUAAGUUAUAACCUGAAAGAAGAUCGGGGUGGGAAUGGUAUUGUUUACUUGUACAGAUAUAUUGAAGGUAUAAUUUGGUUGCUUCCUUGGACCUCAGCUCUGAAAUGGGAAACUGCAUUUUUUAGAUCAAAUUCCAGGGGCCUGAAUAUGAUGAAUCACAUAUAGAAGAGUUUGUAGAAGAUGACUUGG